GAUGGAUUUAGUGGAUGGUGCGCUAAAUCCACAGACCACAGCCUGGAAAUGUAGAGGUAGAGUUGGGCCAUCUCGGGGCGACAGUGACCGACCACCCUUGCCCCAACGUCUCAAAGCUUCUUUCGCCCGUUGAACCUCGUCUUUUUGACUACUAUCUACGUCUGUUGGACAAUCUCCCCUCCACCAAGAGCUCAACGUCAAUUAUGGCUCCCUCCGCAAACACCAUCUUCCGCGCCUCGCGCCCUCUCUUCCGUCAGGCUACCCUCGCCGCGCCCGCUCGACAGGCUUUCCGUCAGCAGAGCUUUCGACAGAACUUCUACCAGGGCAGCGGCCGUCGAUGGCAGAGCACUGAUGGCGCCCAGCAGCAGCAGCAGAGCUGGUUCAAGCGCAUGAUGGAGAGCGAGGUUGGCUUCAAGACUGUGCAUUUCUGGGCUCCUGUCAUGAAGUGGGCUCUUGUCCUUGCCGGUAUCUCCGACUUCGCUCGUCCCGCCGAGAAGCUCUCUUUCACUCAGAACCUCGCUCUGACUUGCACCGGUAUUAUCUGGACCCGGUGGUGCCUCAUCAUUAAGCCUAAGAACUACCUCCUCGCCGCUGUCAACUUCUUCCUCGGAAUGGUCGGCCUCGUCCAGAUCACCCGAAUUCUCAGCUGGGAGUCAGCAAAGAAGAAGGGCCUGGAGGGUGUCGUUGAGGACAUCAAGGCUGACGCCAAGAAGACCAUCCAGGAGGUCAAGCCUUAAGUGCAAUCAAGCAUGGGCAAAUUAGACAAUUGUCGAAAGGUGUGGCCUUACUCGACAUAUUUCAUGAUUUGUAAUGCCACAGUCGAUUCCUCCUUUUGAGGAACUGGUUUCGAAAGGUGUGAGUCGCAAAUGGACGCAUUUCUUGCUUUAAAAGGAGGGGAUUUCAAAGCCAUUCCAGAGUCAGGGGGGGGGGGGCCUCCGGAAUUGGUUAUUACUUUUUACAUGGUAGAUUACAAACGAAAUAGUCAGCAUGUAAAUCUGAGGACGGGCUGGGUUCAACAAAUAAACUUAUACAAGACAU